AUGUUAGAAGUUACUUGUAAUGACCGUCUUGGAAAAAAAGUUAGAGUGAAAUGUAAUCCCGAUGACACAGUUGGUGAUCUAAAAAAGUUGAUAGCAGCACAGACUGGGACCCGUUAUGAUAAAAUAGUGUUGAAAAAAUGGUACACUGUGUUCAAGGAUCAUAUAAAAUUGUCAGAUUAUGAAAUUCAUGAUGGCAUGAAUCUGGAGCUCUACUACCAAUAG